CGAGCUGAUGCUAAGGCAGUUCUUCCCCUGCCCGCUUAGGACAGCACCCACUGCCACAGGGGCCAUGGCCAGCGAACGGAGCUCCUGGAACAGCCUGACGACGCUGCAGAAGGUUGCACUGGGCCUCGGGAUCCCAGCCAGUGGAGCCAUCCUCUAUAUCUUGUACCGCCGCUACCGGGAGAGCCAAGAAGAGCAGCUGACGUUUGUAGGAGAAGAAGAAAUCGAAGUGGAGAUGAAGGUCCCGAAGGAAGCCAUGAAGAUUCUCAUUGGGCGUCACGGAACUAUCAUCAAACAGCUGAGGAAGGACAGCUGUGCUCGCAUUGAUAUAGAUGUGGAUGAUUCCGGGGAGGAGCAGCUGGUCCGCAUCGGUGGCUCACCUGUCCAGGUCUGCAAAGCUAAAGCGGCCAUCCACCAAAUCUUGGCGGAGAGCUUGCCAGUCAAGGAGAAGAUCCACGUGCCCCAGCGAGCGGUCGGGCGCAUCAUCGGCAGGGGUGGGGAGACGGUGAGAGCCAUCUGCCGGAGCACCGGGGCCAAGGUGGACUGUGACCGGGCAGGGGACAGCUCCCUCGCCCUCACCCGUCUCAUCACGCUCUCCGGGACUCGCAAGGAGGUCGAAGCUGCCAAGCAACUGAUCCUGGAGAAGCUGUCUGAGGACGAAGCUUUCCGCAAGAAGCUCUCGCAGUCGGCGCAGGUGCGCACUCCACGCAAGCAGCCUCUGGGCGUGCGGAAGGAGGAGGCUGCCGGUGACCAGGGAGGGCCGCCUCACCGUUGGAGAGAGCUGUCAAGUCUCUCUGGCCCGGAAGCGGAGGCAAGAGGGAUGCCAGAGGAUUCCCCGGAUGAACCGCAGGUGCUGAGGAGCCAAGACGUGUCUCCCGAAGAUUCUUUGUCGGGGGCUUCAUGUCCAAGUGCUGCAUUUGAAGUCCCCAGCCCUGACUUCAGCUUCCUUGCCAACGAGCACCUUGAGGUCUACGUCUCGGCUUCCGAGAACCCCAACCACUUCUGGGUCCAGAUUAUUGGUUCACGGGCCCUCCAGCUGGACAAGCUCACCCGCGAAAUGACUCAGUACUACGAGAACGCCAACUCGGCUGAGCUCCCAGACGUCCACAUCGGCGAUAUUGUGGCAGCUCGGUACCCGGACGACAAUUCUUGGUACAGAGCCAGAGUCCUUGGGCCUUUGGGCAACGGAAACCUGGACCUUUACUACGUGGAUUUUGGAGACAACGGAGAGGCCCCCUUGGAGAAGCUGCAGCCACUGCGGAGCGACUUCCUGAGCCUGCCGUUCCAGGCGAUCGAGUGCGGCCUUGCCAACAUAGCUGCAGCGGGGGGUCAGUGGGAAGAGGCAGCGCUGGACGAAUUCGACCGCCUUACGCACUGCGCCAAGUGGAAGCCGGUGGUGGCGAAGAUUUCCAGUUACGUGCCUUCUGGAAGUAGCACCUGGCCGCACAUCCGCUUGUACAAUACCACGGAGGGGCAGAACACUGAUGUUGGCGAAGAGCUGGUGCGGUUGGGCUAUGCGGUACGGUGCCUGCCCGAUGAUGAGGGCGCUACGGGGGAUGGACCCCAUCACCUGGACAAAGGAGCCGCGUCGAGCACGCCCCACAAAAACCUGGAAAACACAACAGGAGCGUCGCUAGAGAGCCUUCUCUCGGAUACGCAGAAAACCCCCGAUGAGAUGCCGCUCACCCUUUCCUGCGUCAGCCUGUCAGAAGUAGCUUCUAUGUCAGAGAGCGGCGGUGACAUCUUCCUGCUUGAAGACAGUUCCUUGACUCCUUGAACUGCAGAUGUCGGGAAGUGCGACCAUCUGCCUGGACCUGAGUAAUCUGCUGUAGGAGGAGCAGCAGCAGCAGCUUUGCUUUGCAGAGGAGAGGAGAGGAGAGCAUCUCGGCUUCUCGGCUGCUUCUUUGCUGUGCCACGACACAUGAGGAUAAACGUAACCGCAGUGGAACAAGAGGGAUGUCCACAGCGGCCUGAACUCACAGGCAGCAGUUGGACAGGCUCCUGCUGCACAGUUGUGGCUUCCCAGUUGUGAGUUUGAGUUAACAAAGAGUUGGGGCCAUGUUGCGCUUUCUGUUGGGGAUUGCUAAGCAGAGAUGCCUAGAUGCUGGGUGGAUUCCUUCCCCCUGCUGCUGCUAAAUGAGAUUCAGUGUAGGCAUGGCUUUUGGGGCGUUUGUUGUCUUUCUGCUGCAUGCUGGGGAGUUAAGAGUUAAGGGUCAGCUGGGCACUCGGUGCACAGAGAGACUCAGAUUCUGGAGUUGGCUCUGUUCUGCGUUUUCUGCGUCACGGAAUGGGGAGAGGUGCUUGAGAGUUGAAUUCUUAAAAUCCUGGCUGUGUUGUUGGAACUUUGUUAUAUCCAUAUAUUAAGGGCUCAGCAUUUCCCAAACUGCCCCCCUUCAUAUCACAGGCAGGGAAGCUGCACAAAUAUCCCGACUUGCACCGAGAAAGCUAGCAUCUUCAAGGGAGAGCGCUCUUGCUUAGCCAGUAUUCCUGGCAGGCUGGUGUCUCAUAAUCAGGUCUUUUAAUUGUGAGGUGCAUUCAAAUAUGCUACAUCUUGGAUCGUAGUCUACCCAGGUAACUUGAUUUGAUUGUGUUGCACGUAUAGCGCUGCAGGAAGCCCAAUAAAAUAAAGCUUUGCUGGGCAACAGGGCAGGAGGAGGGCUGCUGCUCCCAAGGGGACACUUGCAAGUAUUUUAAGUGCCGGGCAAGGAGGGAUGUGAAAGCAGUGAUCUUGAUCUGUCAGGAACACAAGUUUUGGCUGGCUUACAACUCCAUGCAGGCUCACCUGUGGUAUCACAGAACUAGAGCUGACCUUUAUUAAAAGCAGGCAUGGGAAGUUGCCUGAAGGGCCAGCCUGAAAAGCAAGCUUUGCUGAUUCAAGAGUUAUAACCUGGUUUGGUCCUGGUGGAGUUGUCUUUCUCCUGCAGCUCUGGGGAUGAAAUACGGGGCAGGUGAUGUUCUGUUUGAAGCCGGAAGCUUCUUCAUGGCUAUCCCAACCUGUUCCUGCUAGGGCCGCAGUGUAAUGUGUUAGAAUGCACAGAGUUCGUUAUGUAUAUUUGACACUUUCGUUUCUCUUUCCCCUUCAAAUAAAGGCUUCUGCGUGUUUGAA